UUAACCAAUAUAUUAAUAUCAAGUGCCCCCAUUCUCUAUUCAGUUAGGGCAUCUUACACACCCUCUCGGUUAUGGCGUACUAAGGGAUUGCCAACCGGCCUAAACUUAAGAUGGAUACCGCCGGAGUUGCGAGGAGGAAGAGGCCAUUCAGCUCACGUCCUUUUUAUACCACAGUUCUCCUCAUCACCCUUAUCACCACAUAUUCCAUAUUCGUCAGAGGACCGACGGUAUCAUCAAAAGAAUCGCCACCUCUAUCUUCGCGAUCCGGUGAAGACUGCCGGUUGGUACACACCGCUCAUGACAAAUGCGCCUUUGUAAAGCGCAAUUGUCACGAUGAUGAAGCAGGCCUUUUGGAGUAUCUCUCGUUUUAUUAUUGCGGCCUCGGAAAAGCACAACCCGUCGCCUUUGUCAUAUUGGUCCUCUGGUUAGGCCUUCUAUUUACCACCAUCGGCAUAGCUGCAAGUGACUUUUUCAGUGUCAAUCUCAGUACGAUUGCCACAAUUCUUGGCUUAAGUGAGAGCUUGGCUGGUGUCACUUUCUUGGCAUUCGGCAAUGGAUCUCCGGAUGUGUUCAGCACCUUUGCUGCCAUGAGCUCCAAUAGUGGGAGUAUGGCCGUUGGUGAAUUGAUCGGCGCCGCCGGAUUUAUAACUUCUGUUGUAGCUGGGUCUAUGGCUCUAGUACGCGAGUUCAAAGUUGGUAGAAAGACGUUUGUGCGAGAUAUAUGCUUUUUCAUUAUAGCUGUUAGCUUUGCGAUGGGCUUCUUGGCUGAUGGGAAGAUUCACAUAUGGGAGUGCGGUGUCAUGAUCGCUUUCUACAUUUUCUACGUAAUCGUGGUCGUUAGCUGGCACGCGGUUUCUAAGAGGAGAAAGGCAAGACGAGCGAAAGAGGCCUUAUCUCGUGGGCACUUUCAUGCAUCCACGAAUGAACACAGCGAUGAUGCGUUGGAGCCUUAUAGAGAUGACCCAGAUGAAGACAUUCCGCCGGCGGAACGUCGCAUCUCAAGGUGGAGCGGGUCUAGUGCUCUUGAUGUUGGGACGCUCGAGCGAACUCCUAGGAUUGAAAUUGGCGGCCCCGACGACGACGAGGACAGUGACCACAGCCAGCACGUUGCUGCGGAAAUGGCAAGCAGCAUGCGAGUAAAUCGUCCGCGUGGAAGGAGAAGCAACACGACGACAAUUACUCCCAUCCGACCCAGUUUGGUCGGUGCGCUUGAGUUCAGAUCUGUUCUGUCCUCGUUGCAGCAUGAGGGGAACGUCCGUAUGCGGCCAUUACACGGCCGAAGCUCUUCUGCCGACCUUCUGCAAGGCGGACGUGUCGUUCGAGCAAAUAAGAGCAUACAGACAAUACAGGAUGUCAAAGAUGCCGCCGUUGCGAACAGGAAUCGUGCGCGGUCAUCGGGGGCUAUCCCGAUUGUUGUAGAUGCUGACCUUGCACCUCGAGAGCCGUCGGAAGGUGAAGAAAGUAGGGGUAGGACCCCCAGUCCACACACGAUCGGAGGGAAGUUGGCACCUCCGCCAUCCGACCAAUUCGGCAGCCAUCAUGCAGGCACAUCCUCUGCAGAAAACUUGGCGCCGAAACAACCACCCCAGUUGAGUCGCCUCCGCAUUCCUUCUCCCCAUAGUGGACAAGAUAGCGAGAGAUCCUCGCCAUCGUUAUCGCCAUUCCCCGCUUUUACAGAGUCGCCUCUGGUGAUGGUGGAGGAUUCUCAAAAUCUCCCUCACCUAAUGCUACCACCUUCUGUUGAGGAGCGAAGCGCUUCUUUUCCCGACUUAACGGUCGGGCGUGAAAACCCGAAACCUGUUAGAUGGUGGCCUUACCAAUUAUUACCCCCACCGCAGACUAUAUUCUAUACUUUAUUUCCUACCUUACAAAAUUGGCGGACGAAGAAUAUAUGGGAUAAAUUCGUCAGCAUAAUCUCGGUGCCUAGCAUUUUCUUGCUAGUUAUUACAUUACCUGUGGUCGAAACCGAAUCACCAGAUGACUCUUCAGAUGAUAGCGUUGUAGAACAAUUGGGAUCAGGUCACCUGGGUGAUACGGCAGCACCGCCGGUAUCUACCGAACAAGGAGUUUCUAUCCAGCCUGAAACAGAAUGGCAGCGGUAUAGACGGCGUACGAAAUCUAGGACAUCCAGUCGCAGUCAUUCGCCAAGCGUCAUUUCCGUAACCAUCUCUAAUGCUGCGCAAGAGUCAGACCAGACUCAGGCGCCACCAACCCUCACCGCUUCAGAAAUACAAAUAUCAAAACCUGCUUCUGAACUAGGACAAGAAUCAACCCUGGGUGAUGAGGAACAAGGAUGGAACCGCUGGUUGCUGAUCCUCCAGGUUUUUACCGGUCCCUUAUUCUGUGUGUUCAUUGUCUGGGCAAAUAUGGCCGAGGAACUUGACCAACCCGUCACAAUCCUCGUUAAGGCCAUGUUAAUUGCAUUGGCUUGCUCUGUAGUUCUAUUCGGCAUUAUACUCCUGGCCACAUCGCCCGAUCACCGACCUAAGUAUCAUUUCUUAUUCUGUUUCCUGGGAUUUUGUAUAUCAAUCGCGUGGAUUUCUACCGUCGCUGGUGAAGUUGUCGGAGUACUCAAAGCAUUCGGAGUAAUCUUGGAUAUAUCCGAAGCCAUACUGGGCCUCACCGUCUUUGCGGUGGGUAACUCAGUAGGAGACCUAGUCGCAGAUGUCACCGUCGCCCGACUAGGAUAUCCAGUGAUGGCAUUAUCUGCCUGUUUCGGCGGUCCUUUGUUGAACAUAUUACUCGGCAUCGGUCUAGGCGGCGCAUACCAGACCAUAAACGCAGCGAACAAGCAUAAAGCCAAACACCCCGACAAGCCGAUACAGUAUAAACCAUACCACAUACAAGUCAGCGGGACAUUGAUGAUAUCAGCGAUAACCCUGCUCAUCACAUUAUUCGCUCUACUUACCGUCGUGCCCAUGAAUAAAUGGAUCAUGAGUAGGAAGAUCGGCUGGGGCUUAAUCUGCCUCUGGUCUGUUAGCACGGUGUUGAAUUUGGCUGUAGAAAUAACGGGACUGUGGCAAGAUGUCGCUUAUUGAGAAAGGUCUCUAGUAUAUGGAAAUGAGAUUAUGAAAGUAGGGUUUAAUUGGUGGUAUGACUGAUAGAAAAUUGUUAUGAAUGUGUAUCUUUCACGAGGUAGUAUAGUAGUAUAUAGAAUUAGUGUAACAACAUCUUGCUCGAAGAGAAAUUCGUUAAACUUCCUAUUCCCUGCUACUUGAUCUCCUUAGAUUUAUUCAACGAACGUGAUAGUCGCAGGUGGAUCUUCCUUGACAAUAUACUUGAAGUCGCGAAGGUUAUUGCUAUAGAUAUAACCUUCCUUAUACCGUUCCGCAACGAACGCUGGGUCGUCGUCUCUAAGUCCCCACAUCCCAUCCUCAUCGGACUUAAUCCCUUCGAAGAACAUCUUGCCCUCGGCCUCGUCUUCAAACGUCCACCAGUGAACGCCCAACCACUUCUCCGUAAACUCUAUGCGAUAUUCGAAGUCGGGCGAAACGUCGGAAGG